UGCUGGUCCACACUUGCGGCUGCCGCCAAGUGCCCGCCAAACAGGGGCCCGCCCCAAGCUCUAUUUUUUUUAGGUUCCCUAUUUUUUUUUACCUUUUGGCUGCCAACAUAAGUGGGAGACUUUUUUGCAUAUUUAUUUCUCUGCAGCACGCUCUCGGGGUUUCCGUGUUUCAAUUGGACUUGGGGUCAGAGCGGAUUGUAUUAUUUGCAGCCAAAGGAGAUCUCCAGCCGAAUUCCUCGUGCUCUCGUGCGUCGAGCAAACACAACCAGCGCCUAUACCCAGAUCGUAUGCGCCGCGCAGGAUCGAGCAUCAAGAUGGCCUCAGAGGUCGUCCGCGAGGGCGUCUUUGCCAUCAACAAGCCUUGCGGCCACAGUUCGGCGCAAGUUAUUCGAGAAUGUCAACAGCGCUUCAACCCUUCCAGCUACUUCAAGCCAAUGCUUGAUGCCGAAAAAGCGCGACUACUGCGAGAAUCCGGAUCACGAUCGCUUGGACGCAAGCAAGAGAGAAAAGCAUCGCAAGUCAAGAUGGGACACGGCGGAACACUGGAUCCUCUGGCGACGGGCGUGCUGAUCCUCGGCAUCGGGUCGGGCACCAAGACGCUGUCGCAGUUCCUUGACUGCACCAAGACGUACGAAACGGUUGUUGUAUUUGGCGCCAGCUCCGAUACAUACGACAGAGUCGGCCGAAUUCUCACAAAACGCCCAUACGACCACAUCACAAAGGAAAAGGUAGAGGCUGCGCUGGAAACCUUCAAGGGCAAGCAGAUGCAGAUCCCGCCCCUGUACUCUGCUCUCAAGAUGAACGGCAAGCCACUAUACGAGUAUGCCCGUGAAGGCAAACCAAUCCCUCGCGAAAUUGAGGGCCGCGAGAUCGAAGUACUCGAAAUCGAGCUUGUAGAUUGGUACGAGCCUGGCAAGCACAACCACCGCUGGCCGCAAGAGGAGGCCGAGGCAUCCGAGCGCAACCUCGCCGAGCAGGUCUGGCGACUGAAGAAGCAGCAAGAAACUGGCAAGAAGCUGACUGAGGAGGAAAAGGAGGAGGAUGACCAGGCCAUUGCUGCCCACGAAUCCUUCAAGAAGAAGUUUGAAGAGCGCCAGGACCAGCUCAUCAAAGACUCGCCCAUAGGCAGCCCCCGCCCCAAGGGUAAUGGCAAGAAGGACAGCGCUGCCAUGAUGUCUGGUGCUCUUGGCUCACUGCCUCAAUCAACCUACUCAAACAAAGGCAAGGACCUGAUCCCGCCCUCACCUGAUGUGAGCACUCCUCCUCCAUGGAGCGAUGAGGGCCCUGCUGCCUGCAAGAUCCGCCUCAAGGUCACAUCCGGCUUCUACGUGCGCAGCUUCUGCCACGAUCUCGGUGCCAAGCUGGACUCUGCUGCCCUCAUGGCCGAGCUCUGCCGCACGCGCCAGAGCGACUUCACCGUCGGCGGCGUCAACUGCCUGGAGUACGACGACCUGCUCAAGGGUGAGGAUGUCUGGGCUCCCCAGGUGGCAGACAUGCUUGCGCGCUGGAACGGCGAGCCGGAAGGCACAUGGGAUGCGGGCAAGAAGGAGGCCAAGGCAGACGGAGACUCCAAGACUUCUUCACAAAAUAACAAGCGCCGCCGUUCUGAAUCGCCCGAUACCAAGGACAGACCUCGCAAGGCUGUCACGAGAUCUAGCGACAAGGAUGGGCUGAAGCCUGCUGCUGCCAAUGGCGCAUCCGAGGAUGAAAAAUCAUGGAACGGUUUUGAUGAUUAAGAGAGCCGGAUGGGGUACGAGAAAUAACUGGCUAGAACAAAUUUGGACAUUUACAGAAUAAGACUUUGCAUUAGGAUGGAAGCUUCGGCGUUUUGCUCGGUUUUGUCGAUAUAUAACUUCAUUUUCUGGGAAUACAUGGCAAUUCACAACCCACCCAAUCCUGCAAUAGUCCAAAAGUGUUUAACUUAGGUUAAUAAGCAAGUCUUGGGAGAGCUUAAAAGCUCGUCUGCUCUUCAUGUUGGGAUAAUUCACUGUAUAUCAAUCGUCAUCUUCUCCCUAUGUUAUGCUAUGCUUUGUUCCCUUCCCAUCAUGGCCGUCAUGGACACCACCGGGCCAUCCAUCGCAAUUAGCAUGCAAGAAUCCCAAAGCAAACAACUAAUUUUUCAAUACGCCAAGAAUGCGAUAAACCAAUAUCAUAAAUCAUGAGUGUGUGUUGGUUUCAGCGUGUUUUCCACCAUACGCAACUGUGCUGGUACCGCGGUAGACAGUCCCGACCUAGCUGAGUCCUUCCAUUGCUUGACCCUGUUUUGUCAUUGCAAUCUUGUCUAGGUCUUCAUAUAAUUUCUGCACCAUAGCCCAGUGCGCGCGUUACGGGUCGGAGAGUCAAGUGUCUCAGUUAUUCAAAAGCCCGCGCACCUAAGCCCGCCCUAUUCCUAAGCCCGCCCUAUUCCCAAACCCGCGGGCUGUUUUGCUGGUGUCUGUGCUGGUGUUGAAAACUGGCUUAUAUUAUCGUCUCGCAAGAUGUUUUUGACACGUUCAAUGCGAUUCAUGGCGUUUUCGAGUCGUUCCAGGCGUUGUCGUUUUUCCCAAUCGCGGCGUUCUAGUUCGUCUACCCGCUCCUCCAGCUUCGCUCUGGCACGGCGCUCAUCAGCCACCAUCUCGUUUGCUUGUUCAAACAGCGCUGCGCUGAGUUCCUCCAUUUCUUUGCUCGUAGCACUUAAACGGCCCUCCGCCUCCUGCCUAAGUGUUUGUUCGCGACCCAGUGCUUCCAGGAGAUCUUCUGCCAUUGACACUCCAGUUGCUGGAGUUGCUGGGAGUCCUGGGGCCGGCAUGGGAGCCAGUGUGGUCGUCUUUAAAGCCGGUGGCUUGUUGGUAGCUCGUAAAUUCGGCGUCGACUUGCGAUAUAGAAGCGAAGACAAAGACGCUGUAGAAGGUAGAAAGGAUGACCGUGUAGGGCUAGGGUCUGCAGGCGGUGAUACUGCAGAAUGCGCCGAGGCCGGUGGUGAGAUGACGGAUGGAUGCGAUCCCUUGAGUUUGGCCAGCUCUGCCUCGUAGUCUGCCCAACGACUGACGGCUUCGGAUGCCUUUUCGUUGAGCUGUCGAACCUGCUGCUCCAGCUCAACAAUGCGUGCUUGUGCGGCUGCGAGGUCCUUGUCAGCGUACGAGGAGGAUUUUUCAGGCAGGGGAGGCGGGAGGUCGUAGCCGCAGCCCGGGCAGCAAGUCGCCAUCUGGGUGUGUGGUUGUGCUUGUGCCAUGGUAUAGACCAUAGUGGAAGCCAUUAUCUAGCCAGCUCCGUCGGUGUUGGCGCUGUGAGAAGCUUGGGUGGUUCGAUUUGAUGGUGGCUGCGGGGUUCCUCGGCAUGUGCAGAAAGAUUUUAGGUUGCAAAAGAGCAAAGAAGGCACCUUUAUAGCGUGUGUUGGUGAAGCUGCGAGAUCAUAAGAGAUCAUACAGUCUGUAACUGAAGCGUGCAAAGGGGUGGGCGGGCAGCCUCAUGAAGAAGAAGCAGGAGAAAGGAAAAAGAACGAUGACGAUUGGCGCUCGGCAGGAACUUUACUG